GUGCAUAGCGUAGCUUGACCGAUGAAGAUGUAGAUGAAGAGAAAUUUGGGUUCUACUUCACCUACCGAUAGACGACUUAACCGACAAACCAGGGAUUUUUGCACCGAUUGGAGUUUUACCGACAAGAUCAUGAAUUGGGGGGGGGGGGGGUUCACACCCCCUACACCCACCGCUAGCUACGCCCCUAGAUACAUGAACUCAAAACAGGCCUCUUCAUGAAUUGGGCGACAGGAAGGUGAUCCUGAAGCAGGGGCGUUGAGAGGGAGGGUUAGAAGGGGCAAAAGGUCAGGGGCCCGUGCUCCGAUGGGGCCAGUAAUAAUUUGAUAAGAUCUAUUUACAAUACAGUAAAAUCUAUGUAUUAUAUGUAACCAAGGCUUAUCGGUUUAUCGCAGAGAAAUGCCCACAUGUCAUUUAUUCAUGUAAAAUGUUUUUGCACACUCUUGUAAAACCUCCUAAAACUUUUUCAACCAUUGCAACUGAAAAGAACGUUUCCCGAAUUUACCAGGAGAAUGAAGAGCGUGGCCAUAGGAAAUUUUCUUAAGGGGGUCCUGUUUUGUGAUUGACCCCUGGGCCCGAGCUGCCUCUCGCCGGCCCUGCCCUGAAGGUACCGCUCGAAUAGACCAAGUUUGCCAUAGGAAAGAAUCAACAUGGAAACAUAUCAUUCCUAUUUUUAGCAAGAAAGCAAAAUUCAAAACUGGAUAUUUGUAUCACUUUCAUAAUUGUCACGUUUGGAUUGACCAACUAUGGAUUGAUGCAUAUAAUUUUGCUACCUGAGGCCCAAUAAGAACCUUGCUAUGACGAAUGUUAACCGACAGGAACUAAGUUGUCAGGUGUAUGGAUCCACGCAAAGGAAAAACAUCUCGGGUUUUUCCUUGUAAGAUGAUACCCCGUGUUAAUGAAACAUUCCUUUGAAUUAGCUAUUGGCCCUUGAAAUGCCAUUGAAACCUUGGGCGGGGGUGUUUCUUUAUCUCUUUAUCCUUUCGGGAUAUAAAAUUGGCUGACUAAUCACACUUUCAGCAUAAAGUUGAUUAGCAUAUUGUUUUGGUGGCACUUUUGGGACUGUUUCUUUCAAAACACCUGUACCUUUGAAUAACUCGUGUACAUAACCAAGCACUUAGUCAAAGGAAGGUAGAAUUUGUCUUGGACUUCUAUCUAAGGAAGAGAGUCUAGGAACCAGCGCAGAGGAAAACAUAAAGUUCCUGGCAUGAGUAGACGAAGCACAACCCAGCUGGAGAAGGUAGAAAAAUUCUAAACAACAACAAACGACAACGCUGCAGUAAAUAAAAGUGUCAUAUCAAGUGUGGUUUUUAGAAUUUUAUUGCACAUGUGCUUGGUUUCAAUUUUGGUCAAAGAUUUCAUGUUGCCAUUUUAAAGUGGGUCGCAAAUUACUUCUAAAGAAACCGAAAGAACUUUUAUCACCUGUCUCCUGCCACGCCGAGCAUUGGACAGAUCAGCGCGUUCCUUUAUGUUAUAGUAAUUUUCUUUGCAAAUCAGUAGUUUGCUUGUUGGCGCUCAGACGAGUGUGGUUAUUAAUAAUUAAAGGCAGGGCGUUGUGGCAGGUUGUGCUAAAGGGGCAAGAGAGCUGCAAAUGAGGCAAGAUAAGGCCACAAUAUAUCACUAUUAGAAUGGAGCAAAACCAUAGGUUAUGCGAAGUUUCGACACAGCCUGUAGCGAGUAUAACCAAGGACGAAAAACGUAAUGCAAUCGUUAUUGUAAAGCCGACAUUUGAUCAUGUACCUGUUUUAUCAAGCAGCUAUCAAGCCUCGUCGCUUACUUUAAGAGAAACAUGCCUGGAUAAUCGUGCAGCCGAUGCUACCAAAGUAGACGAGCAUUUGAGAACUGAAGCUACAGAAAAUAUCGAGAAUAUCAAAGAAAUUUCGAACUUUGCAAAAUCAUUAGAACAAGAAGACAGUGGCGUAGUUCCAGUCGUAGCAGGCACCACGGUUUUGACAAACGAAGCGGUUGUCUGUGCGGAGGAACUGAAUACCAGUGUAAAAAAAGCAAGAAGUUCGUGUUCACUUAAGCGUUAUAGGACUAAGCCCAAAGAAAGACAGCGGUCGGAUAGUCUUCCCCUUUAUUUUGCAAAUUUAUCUGUUGCAGAUUUGACAUUACCAGUUUACGUAAACAACAGUCCAUCUGGACAUGAUGACAGUGUUAUUUCAGAUGCACCAUUUUUAGAACAGGGUAUUUCUCGGAACUUGGUAGCAGUUACACCACCGCCAACGUACAGAAGCCUUAUAAAGCAGACAUUGGCCGAUAUACCACCUUCAUAUGAAAGCGUCACGGGCUUAAGUCUAAACGUCGCACAGGACCCAUCGACUCUGGCUGCAAAAUCGAAUUCAAGAAAUAGUCGUUCGAAUGCUAUACAGCCACAGAGCAAAAUAAUUAUAAUCGUUAUCAUCUCAAUUGUUAUUCUUACGACACUGAUUUUGGUCCUCGCCGAAGCAUUUACGACGAUGUGAUGACUAAACGGUUCCUGAACAGAGCCGAUUUAGCAAGUCACUGAAGAAAAUCGCGAUCUUAAAACCAGAAGAAUGUGAUAAUCAACCUGGCAAAUUAGCCCAGCGCCUGGACUGCAGGAAACGACAACUAUUUAACAGUUUAACUUGCUAAAUUGUAUUUCGUUCCUGGCGAAGGACGACGCGCGUCGACGUUAUUAAAAGAUGGAAGUUUCUCAACAUUCUGGACCUUCUGGAACUCAUCUUAGAAAAACGCUUGUUAGAAUAGAACUCUAGGGUGCGUGAAAAGCAAAAACACAACUUUGUUGGAAGUGGGAAUUCCAAUGUUUGGUAUCGUCCCUCAGUACAAUAAUUGAAAUUAAUUAGCUCUACAGAAAAACCAAUCUACCCUUGACUUGACCAAAACAAUUUGAAUCUAAACUGUCAGCUUCUAAAAACCUAAACAAUGAAAAACAUCUCAUAGAUCUUAAAAAAGAGUUCUGGUAGCUAAAAAGAAAGUUGUUAUAAUUUAAGUCUUAUUUAUAUAAUUUAUCUGUUAUUUACUUAAAGUAUUUGUUUAUAUCCAAUAUGGUUGUAAUUAAUUAUGGGGCCUCUUGCUCAACUGAUGUAAUUUAAAUGAAGCACAUACUAGAGUUUUGAACUGUGAAACGUGUUAAAAAUAUUUUUUAUUGUCUUUAAUUUAAUUUUCACUGAAAAUUGUAUUAUAUAACUUUUUACGAUUCUUAGAAAUUUUAGGGUUUGUAAUGUGACGUUCCUAGGUUUUUUU